AUGAUGGGUCUCCUUGCCCGCACUGAGACUUGGAACUUCGAUAUUGACCGCUAUAUCAAUCGCGUCAUCCCUCCGUCGCCGCUGCAUCGGCUACCAAAUCCCGUAUCGAGGUUUCUAGGUUAUAGAAAAGAGCAGAAGCAAGAUGUAGGGAAUGUACUGGGUGCCAUUUGGUCGUGUGUGGGAGCGUUCUGUGGGCUCGCCAUCAUCGCAGCUGCAUUCAACAACACCGAAGCUAUCCAGGUGCACAGUCCCCCAGCUCUGAUCGCUUCAUUUGGUGCUUCAGCGGUCCUAGAGUACAACGCGAUCCGCUCGCCCCUCGGCCAACCGCGCAAUGCUCUUCUCGGCCAUACAGUCUCCGCGCUCGUCGGCGUCUCCAUCACCAAGUUGUUCCGCCUCCGCUCCGACUUCGAAAAAAUCAAAUGGAUUGCAGGUGCCAUAUCCUGCGGCAUCGCAUCCGCCGUCAUGCUCCUCACCGGUACCGUGCAUCCACCAGGCGGAGCAUCGGCGGUCCUCGCUGCUACGUCCCCGGAGAUUACGGAAAUGGGAUGGUAUUUUGUGGGGCUGGUUACGUGGGGAACGACACUCAUGCUGAUUGUUGGGCUUAUAAUCAACAAUAUUCAGAGGCAAUUUCCAGUGUACUGGUGGACACCGCUUGAUGUGAGGAGGACGAGGAGGAAGGAUGUUGAGGUUGGGCCGGAUGCGACGGGAGGCUUUAGAGAGAAGACGGUGGAUCUCGCGGAGCGGCAGGCAAUCAAUAUCUCCGCCUUGGGAGUAUCGCUGCCAGAGGACCUGGCGCUGGACCAGGAUGAGGCGGAGCUACUGGAAAGGCUGAGGGAACGUCUCAAGAAGAGGCAGGAUCGGGAGAUGGAUGAGGAGUCUUCGACAUCAAGUACCGAGUCAGGGUGGGAGCAGCAAUAUUGA